AUGGGCGAUGUCAAGAAGGCUGGCCCUUUUGCAAGCGGUCUAACGGCCGCGUGGUUCUGGCUUGGUCUUUCGAUUGGGAGAAUUGCUCUUGGGUUUGUGACUCCGUUGGUUGGAGAGCGGUUGGCUGUUACUGUUUAUAUUCUGCUGGAGGUCGUCUUCGGCAUCAUCAUCCACCUCGUCUCGAACUUCCAUGCUGCUGCCGUCGCCACUGCAAUGCAAGGCUUCUUCCUGGGCCCCUUAUUCCCCGCGAUUGUAUUCGCAACAGCACGUCUGCUCCCGGAGGAGAUGCACGUUACUGCCAUUGGCGUGGCAACAGGUUUCAGCAGUUUAGGGGCCACAGUUAUCCCCUUUCUUGUUGGGGUUGUGGUGGAGACGCACGGUGUUACUCUGCUCCAGCCGUUUGUUAUGGCGCUGUCUGGGGCGAUUGUGGUCUUGUGGCUUUGUCUGCCGAGGCUUCCGAGACGAUGA